AUGGUGACAGGAGGAAUAGUUCUUGGACAUAAGAUUUCUAACCAAGGAAUCGAAGUGGACAGGGCUAAAGUGGAACUUAUUGAAAAGCUUCCUCCACCCAGUGAUGUCAAGGAGUUUGAUAUUGAAAUCAGAGACAAGAAGGGAGUGGAGAACAAGGUGGCAGAUCACCUAUCCAGGAUUCCUCAUGAGGAAGGAGGAACACAUGCUAUGAGUGUGAACGAGCUCUUCCCUGAUGAGCAGUUAAUGACAGUGCACAAAGCCCCAUGGUUUGCAGACAUUGCCAACUUCAAGGCAACUGGGGCUCUACCUCCAGGGAUCAAUAAACAUCAAAAGAGGAAGCUCGUGAAUGAUGCAAAAUACUUUGUCUGGGACGGGCCUUAUCUCUUCAAGAAGUGUUCAGAUGAUAUCCUUAGAAGAUGUGUCUCAGAAGAGGAAGGACGAGAGGUACUAUGGAAUUGCCACGGCUCUUGCUACGGAGGCCACUUUGGAGGGGACAGGACUGCAGCAAAGGUGUCACAAAGUGGAUUCUUUUGGCCUACCCUUUUCAAGGAUGCCAAAGAACUGCAUUGCUGCUGGUGCAAAGAGGAUCUUGCAGCUGCAAGAGAUGGAGGAAUUUAG